GGUAUAUGAUAGGACUAAGGCCAUCUGAGGAAAACCUUUGGCCACUCCAGGCGCCACCUUUGGCCAACCUAGGUGGCCUCCAAUUUCAACCAGCCACAUGCAGUCAUUAUCUGAAUUCUGUGUGACAACGGAAAAGCCGAGUAGCUGCAUAUACGACAGCAGGAAGUAUCCGCAAAUACCCUACAAAAAAUUCAUAAUUUAACCCAAUCAUAGACUAAAAGAAUAUCUCUCCACUCAGCCAUGGCGUUGCCUGCUUAUAUCGGGCACAAAUGAUAUUCAGCGAAACCUCCAUUGCAUUAUACUGUGGCUUUUCUUUUUCAGCUAGCAACGCUCUCCCAAUUUGAGGUAACAAAUAGGGAUCCUAGCAGCUUAUUGCUAACUCGAAGCAUCACGUCUAGAUGUCGGCAAAUCCUUCCUCAGGGGUAGGACAGGUGCGGAAAAGACUGUUCGUGUUCUGCGAUGGAACAUGGCAGGAUGGCGUGAACAAGAGUCAGCCCCCCACAAACGUCGGCACGCUCGCCCGAUGCCUUGAGGGUGUAUCGGAAGAUAAUUAUCUCCAGAUUGUCUAUUAUGACAGCGGAAUUGGGAAUGGAACGAGCUGGUUUGGCCAGCGGGUUGACGCUGCCACGGGGAGGGGCAUCGAAGCCAAGAUCAGAAACGCUUUCAGCUUCCUCUCCCACAACUAUACCUUCGGGAAGCAGGAGAGCCCACCAAAUGAUACAGGACAAGACGAGAUAAUUCUUGUCGGCUAUUCCAGAGGAGCCUUUGCGGUCCAGUGUCUAGCCUCAUUCAUCAGUCAGACAGGCUUGCUUGAACCGCAACACUUGUACUAUCUUCGCGGGUUGUUCACGUUGUGGGAGAACCGUGAUUUGACGCCGCUAGGACGGGGUCCAAGGACACCAAUACAGAUAAAAUUGAAUGAGGAAGUUGACGGUUUCUUGACAGCGCGCAUCCUGCACAAGGUGCCAAUCAAAGCCUGCGUUUUAUGGGAUACCGUUAGUAGUUUGGGGUCUUUGAUCCCCCGGCCGAGACGCCUAUCGCAUGUGGGAAAUACCGUGCCCGAGGCUGUGCAAAAUGCAUUUCAGGCUCUUGCACUAAAUGAGACCAGAACACAGUUUCAGCCGUGCAUUUGGAAGUCAAAAGAGAACAAAGAUACGUUCGCUAAACAGUGUUGGUUCCUGGGCUCGCAUGGAGAUGUGGGCGGUGGCCAAGACGCCGCCCUCGGAGCUGUCACACUUAUAUGGAUGAUCGGUCUGUUACAAGCCAGGACGGGUACAAAGUUCAGUCUGGCGGAGAUCGGAAAGCAUCUGAGACACAAGCUGUUAGAAUGGGAUUUCCAUGUUAAUCAUAUCACCGGUCGUUUGACACAAAUUACCACCUUGACACGGAUGUCAACCUUGGGCCAAGCAACCACAAUGUCACCUCUCUGGUGGAUCACGGGGAUGAGGAACCGACAGAUUGUGUACGAGGCUGGCCAAAUGGACUCCAGAUUCCAGGUCUCUAUAUCAGUCCAUUUCACAGUGCGUUUUGCUAUGUCAAAGGAUUCGCAUGCAUGCCCAGUACUGCGAGAUUGGAAAACCACGCCGCAACCUAACGGUGUUGUACUAUGGGAAGGACAGAAUAGCGUGCUUCUCGAAGAGGAACUUGACGAAAAGAAUAUUUCGAGUCACGAGUACAAAUAUUUGAGAGAUUGGUGCGACGACAAUUUUCCUGUGCUGCAGACCGAUAGGGAUCGAUUUGCAGAACAACACCAAGCCGAUAUCCAAACUCCAGGCUCCCAUGAAAGCCUCGAUUCGUUUCUCAGUCUUUUAAGAGAAUGCUUGAUCUUCGAAGAACAUAAACUUGCCCCUGGACGACACUAUAACACUUGGAUUUAAGCAAUAGUGUUAUGGACCAACAUUUGAUACCCAGACGUGUAGUUAGACAAUAAAUCUAUUGACCCCUGCAAUAACUCUCUACAAGCGGAUGCUUAGUAAGAGGAUUACCUAUUUCGGUAACUACAGUGG